GGUGUAAAAAGACUGUGUUUGUAAGUGUUUAGCAAUUAGUAAUGGUAACUGAUUGUGAGGUUAACUAAUGAUAAAGUUUAUAGUCGCUCAUGCAGGAAUUUAUGUAUUUGAUUGAAAACAUUGGUGAAUUUGGGAACCUGUGUCCAGUGACGUUUUGAUCAAGUCAACUCCAUAUGAAGAGAUCAGAUUCACCGGUGUCCAGCUGUGUGUCCAUGAAGAGUGACUGGUCUAUGGAUAAACCAUUAAAGUUUAAGGGUGAAGACACAUCAACUGGUCUGAGUCAACUCCAUAUGAAGAGAUCAGACUCACCGGAGCCCAGCUGUGUGACCAUGAAGAGUGACUGGUCUAUGGAUGUGCCAAUUGAAUUAAAGGGUGAACAAACAUCAACUGGUCUGAGGCCCGUACUGCUGCCCAGAUCAGACGUACAAGAACAAACCUGUGUGCUCGAGAAGAGAGAUCAGUCUAUGAAUGUACCAACACACUGUAAUGAAAACACAUGUUUCAGUCACUCGCAACAUGUUGAAGUCCAAAGCACAUUCAAAUCCAAUCUGCUGAAGAAGUUUCAGUGUUUGUGUGAGGGAACAGCAAAGCAGGGAAACCCAACACUCCUGAAUGAGAUCUACACAGAGCUCUACAUCACAGAGAGUGAAAGAGGAGAGAUCAAUAAUGAACAUGAGGUGAGACAGAUUGAGACACAAUCCAGAAGAGCAACAACAGAGGACACACCAAUCAAAUGCAAUGACAUCUUCAAACCUUUACCUGGACAAGACAAACCCAUCAGAACUGUGCUGACAAAGGGAGUCGCUGGCAUUGGAAAAACAGUCUCUGUACAGAAGUUCAUUCUGGACUGGGCUGAAGAGAAAGCCAAUCAGGACGUCCACCUCAUAUUUCCACUUCCUUUCAGAGAACUCAAUUUGAUGAAGGACAAAAAACUCAGUCUUUCAGAUCUGCUUCAGAUUUUCUUCACUGAAACAAAAGAAAUGGGAAUAUCCAGAGAUGAAUAUAAAGUUUUCUUCAUCUUUGAUGGUCUGGAUGAGUGUCGUCUGUCUUUUGAUUUUCAGAGCAAUGUGAGAUUGUGUGAUGUCACUGAAUCAGCCUCAGUGGAUGUGCUGCUGACAAACCUCAUCAAGGGGAAUCUGCUUCCCUCUGCUCUCAUCUGGAUCACCUCCAGACCAGCAGCAGCUGAUCUCAUCCCCUCUGAGUGUGUUGAUCGAGUGACAGAGGUACGAGGAUUCAACGACCCACAGAAAGACGAAUACUUCAGGAAGAGAAUCAGAGAUCAGAGUCUGGCCAAUAGAAUCAUCACACACCUGAAAUCAUCAAGGAGCCUCUUCGUCAUGUGUCACAUCCCAGUGUUCUGCUGGAUUUCAGCCACUGUUCUAGAGAGAAUAUUGAGUGAAUCAGAGACAGGAGAGAUCCCCAAGACUCUCACUCAAAUGUACACACACUUCCUGAUCAUUCAGACAAACAUCAAACAUGAGAAGGACUAUGAGAAGAAAAGUAAAGACAGAGACAUGAUCCUCAAACUGGGGAAACUAGCUUUUGAGCAGCUUGUGAAAGGCAAUCUGAUCUUCUAUGAGGAAGACCUGAGAGAGUGUGACAUUGAUGUGACAGAAGCAUCAGUGUACUCAGGAUUGUGCACUCAGAUCUUCAGAGAGGAGUUUGGGUUGUAUCAGGGGAAAGUGUUCUGCUUUGUUCAUCUGAGCAUUCAGGAACAUCUAGCAGCUCUAUAUGCACACCUCUCCUUUACAAACAACAACAUAAAUGUGUUUAAACAAAUCACCAAACAAAGACUGUUCUCUAAAGUUUUAAAGUUGAUGAAACAGAAUUCAUCAAAACAGGUUUCUAUGUUUGACCUGCAUCAGAGAGCUGUAGAUGAGACUUUACAGAGUAAGAAUGGACAUCUGGACCUUUUCCUUCGUUUCUUUCUGGGUCUCUCAUUGGAGUCUAAUCACACUCUCUUAAAAGAACUACCGACACAGACAGGAAGCUGCUCCUACAACAAAGAGGAAACAGUGAAUUACAUCAAGCAGAAGAUCAGGGAGAAUCACUCUCCAGAGAAAUCUAUCAAUCUGUUUCACUGUCUGAAUGAACUGGGUGAUGAUUCACUUGUGAAGGAGAUCCAAGAUUAUCUGAAAUCUGGAAAAAUAAAAGAAACAAAACUCUCCUCUUCACAGUGGUCAGCUGUAGUGUUUGUGUUGUUGACCUCAGAGCAGAAGAUGGAUGUGUUUGAUCUAAAUCAGUUUAUUGGAGCAGAUAAUGAAGCAGAUAAAAUUAUUCAGUAUCUGCUGCCUGUGAUUAAAGAAUCCAGAUCAGUUCAGUUGAGUUAUUGGGAUGUCUCAGAGGAAGGUUGUGCUGCUCUGACUUCAGCUCUGAGAUCAAACCCCUCACACCUGAAAGAACUGAAUCUGUCUGGGAAUAAUUUAAGAGAUUCAGGAGUGAAGCUGCUCUCUGAUGGACUGAAGAAUCCUCAGUGUAAACUGGAGAUACUGAGGUUGAGAGAUUGUGAUGUCACAGAUGAAGGUUGUGCUGCUCUGACUUCAGCUCUGAGAUCAAACCCCUCACACCUGAAAGAACUGAAUCUGUCUAGGAAUAAUCUAAGAGAUUCAGGAGUGAAGCUGCUCUCUGAUGGACUGAAAAAUCCUCACUGUAAACUGGAGAUACUGAGGUUGAGAUAUUGUGAUGUCACAGAUGAAGGUUGUGCUGCUCUGACUUCAGCUCUGAGAUCAAACCCCUCACACCUGAGAAAACUGAAUCUGUCUGGGAAUAAAUUAAGAGAUUCAGGAGUGAAGCUGCUCUCUGAUGGACUGAAGAAUCCUCACUGUAAACUGGAGAUACUGUGGUUGAGUAAUUGUGAUGUCACAGAUGAAGGUUGUGCUGCUCUGACUUCAGCUCUGAGAUCAAACCCCUCACACCUGAGAAAACUGAAUCUGUCUGGGAAUAAAUUAAGAGAUUCAGGAGUGAAGCUGCUCUCUGAUGGACUGAAGAAUCCUCACUGUAAACUGGAGAUACUGUGGUUGAGAUAUUGUGAUGUCACAGAUGAAGGUUGUGCUGCUCUGACUUCAGCUCUGAGAUCAAACCCCUCACACCUGAGAAAACUGAAUCUGUCUGGGAAUAAAUUAAGAGAUUCAGGAGUGAAGCUGCUCUCUGAUGGACUGAAGAAUCCUCACUGUAAACUGGAGAUACUGAGGUUGAGAUAUUGUGAUGUCACAGAUGAAGGUUGUGCUGCUCUGACUUCAGCUCUGAGAUCAAACCCCUCACACCUGAGAAAACUGAAUCUGUCUGGGAAUAAAUUAAGAGAUUCAGGAGUGAAGCUGCUCUCUGAUGGACUGAAGAAUCCUCACUGUAAACUGGAGAUACUGGAGUUGAGAUAUUGUGAUGUCACAGAUGAAGGUUGUGCUGCUCUGACUUCAGCUCUGAGAUCAAACCCCUCACACCUGAGAAAACUGAAUCUGUCUGGGAAUAAAUUAAGAGAUUCAGGAGUGAAGCUGCUCUCUGAUGGACUGAAGAAUCCUCACUGUAAACUGGAGAUACUGUGGCUGAGUGAGUGUGAUGUCACAGAUGAAGGUUGUGCUGCUCUGACUUCAGCUCUGAGAUCAAACCCCUCACACCUUAAAGAACUGAAUCUGUCAUGGAAUAAUCUAAGAGAUUCUGGAGUGAAGCUGCUCUCUGAUGUACUGAAGAAUCCUCACUGUAAACUGGAGAUACUGAGGUUGAGUGAUUGUGGUGUCACAGAAGAAGAUUGUGCUACUCUGACUUCAGCUCUGAGAUCAAACCCCUCACACCUGAAAGAACUGAAUCUGUCUGAUAAUAAUCUAAGAGAUUCAGGAGUGAAGCUGCUCUCUGAUGGACUGAAGAAUCCUCACUGUAAACUGGAGAUACUGGUGUUAGAAUAUUGUGGUGUCACAGAUCAAGGUUGUGCUGCUCUGACUUCAGCUCUGAGAUCAAACCCCUCACACCUGAAAGAACUGAAUCUGUUUGGGAAUAAACUAAGAGAUUCAGGAGUGAAGCUGCUCUCUGAUGGACUGAAGAAUCUUCACUGUAAACUGGAGAAACUGGUGUUGAGUUGUUGUGAUGUCACAGAUGAAGGUUGUGCUGCUCUGACUUCAGCUCUGAGAUCAAACCCCUCACACCUGAAAGAACUGAAUCUGACAUAUAAUAAAUUAAGAGAUUCAGGAGUGAAGCUGCUCUCUGAUGAACUGAAGAAUCCUCACUGUAAACUGGAGAUACUGGAGUUGAGUAAUUGUGAUGUCACAGAUGAAGGUUGUGCUGCUCUGACUUCAGCUCUGAGAUCAAACCCCUCACACUUGAGAAAACUGGAUCUGUCUGGGAAUAAUCUAAGAGAUUCAGGAGUGAAGCUGCUCUCGGAUGGACUGAAGAAUCCUCACUGUAAACUGGAGAUACUGCUGUUAGAAAAUUGUGAUGUCACAGAUGAAGGUUGUGCUGCUCUGACUUCAGCUCUGAGAUCAAACCCCUCACACCUGAAAGAACUGUAUCUGUCUGUGAAUAAACUGAGAGAUUCAGGAGUGAAGCUGCUCUCUGACGAACUGAAGAAUCCUCACUGUAAACUGGAGAUACUGCUGUUGAGAGAUUGUUAUGUCACAGAUGAAGGAUGUGCUGCUCUGACUUCAGCUCUGAGAUCAAACCCCUCACACCUGAAAGAACUGAAUCUGUGUAAUAACAAUGUAGGAGAUUCAGGAGUGAAGCUGCUCUCUGAUCUAAAAGAUGAUCCGCAUUAUAAACUGGAGACACUGCAGUUUUAGAUGGACGUCUCUUUGAGAACUGAUUGUGAACAGUAAUGAUUGUGAAGAAAACAGAGACGUCACAGUCAACAGAAUCAACAGAGACAAACUGACCUGACACACUGAUGUGUGUAACUUUACACAAUUAUUCAGAACACCUGCUGAAGUGACAGUGAAACAAUGAAACCUUUUGUUUCUUCCUCAAGUGACUUUUAUGGGUCAAUGACAAAUAAAGAUGUCUAAAUGGGGAAAUCUUUUAAAACUCCAGUUUAAAACACAUGUAUCAAAUUUGUAUAAAUGUAAUCUUUGUAUUCAUAUUGGUUUUGAAUUAUUUUGUGACGUUUUAAUGUUUUUUAAUGUUUAGAUUAAAACUAUUAUAUCAACAUUUCAAACUUUUAAUGAGAAUUUUUUUCUUG